AUGUGCUCGCAUCAAAGAAAAACGUUAUGUAAUGAAGAUCAUGAAAAUCAACUCCGAAAAGAAGCCUGCUAUAAAGAAGAAAAAGAAGAUCGCCAGCAAAAAAAGAAGAAAAUCGACGAGAAAUUUGCCGAAGAUCGUCACCUCACCAAGAAACUUGCCGAAAAGUUCGCGAAACAGAAGAAGAAAGAAGAUGAUGGAGCCGUGCUCAAAUUCAAGGUGAAAGACGAUAAACAGAAGGUUUCCGUCGAAAACUCUGCUUCGCAUAAUAAGAUCAUCUUGCAGGCGGAGGAGAGGCAUGUGAGCAAACAGUAUCAGCUUGAACUUCGAAACGAUGCUCUCUGCUCUCAAUUCAAGUGUGCUGCUUGCUCGCAACGAUCAAAUGUGGACGACCUUGGCGAUCUUUUUGGACCCUAUUAUGUACCAAAGAUUUCAAAGAAAGAUGAGUUCCUAAUAGACGUUUGGCUACAUGGUGAUUGUGUCUUGCAUCUACCAAAGGUUUUUUUACAUGGAGGAGAGCUUACACAUUUAGAAGAGGUUAUCAAUCAAUCAUGGAAAAAUAAAUGCGUGGUAUGCCAUGAAGUUGGUGCAUCGAUCAUUGCCGCGGCAUCGGGGAACGCCCAUUUUCCUUGCGCAAAAAAAAAGGGUUUUUUG